ACUGAUGGCAAACUAGAAUUGAAAAGAAAAUACAGAAACAUGUCUAGUAUUAAGCCAUUGUCAAAUUUACAUGAUAAACUCCUGCAGGUAAGAGUGCGAGUAGACAAAGUCUUCACCCAGAUGCAAAUCAAACAGGAAAACUCUCGUUUUCAUGAAAGACAGAAGGAAUUCGUGACUUUUGAACACUUGCUAGAGUUGGUGGAGGAAAAAGAAAAUCAGCAUCACAAAAACAGCUCUGCUCUGCUAAUCGAGGGUCCUGCAGGCGUUGGCAAAACAACGCUCAUCAGAAAGAUGAUAAGCGACUGGGCGUCGGGUGUCAGUACUAUGAAAAAUCUCCAAGACUAUGACUUUGUCAUCGUGGCUGAAGGCAGAGCAAGAGAAAUAGACUCCCUCGCCAAGCUCGUAGAGUCUCUUCUGUCGACAAGUCGGAAAAUCCAGAAUGAACACCUGAUGACAUGCAUCCGAGAUAAUAAACUUCUAUUCAUCUUUGAUGGCCUUGAUGAGCUCAACCCGUCAUCAGAAGAAGUGCUCAGAGAUAUGUUAAAGUUGGGUGAAACCGACGAUAUCAUUGUUUUGUGCACAACACGCUCGAACAAAGUACCUGAUUUCAAGAGAUAUGUUCCUGACUGUUUUAAUAUAGCACAUGUGAAGAUCAUAGGAAUAGCAGAACGCAACCGUAAAGAAUUUGUGACAAAAUACUGUCGGGCCUUACAGACCGGAUCUGAAAUGAAAGACAUUUCAGGUCUUCUUCAGUACCUACAAAGAAAAGACCGUCACAUGCAGAGGCACUGGAAGCUGGCCUUCAACUUAGUCCUUGUGUCAGUAUUGUGGUUAUUCAAUCCCGAUGCCGUAAACAAACUGACCACAACGACAGAGCUUUACACGGCAACCCACGAACUGUGCUAUAACAAGCUAAAACAGAGAAUACUCGAUAGCGAGACAUCUAAUAAUUUAGAUUCCAAUACGAUUCAGAAAAGACUGGCAAUUUUUCUGAAGAGACUCCAAAAGGAGGCACUGAUCAGUCACUUCUUGGAUGAGAUUGUUUUGCCUGAUGCGUCAUUCAUACGACUCCAGGACACCUGUCAAUCCUUGGGUUUGCCUCACCUCGAGGUUCUCAGCUCCUUCCUGAACCAGAUCAACUUCUGGACAGAUACAGCCAAGAAGAAAUACAUCUUCCCUCAUAAAGGUCUUCAAGACUUCUUCGGCGCACUGCAUAUCAAGGAAACUCUACUGGCUAGUGAACGGGAUCUGGACAUUCAGCGAGUAUUAUCUGGCCUACAGACUCUUCUUGAAGACAUUGAAGUUCCGCACCGCAUCAGUGAGCUCAUUUUAGCAAAAAACACUGAACUACUGGAAGCGACAAACGAAGAUAUAUCAGGGACGUCACGUUCUAUUAUAAGUGUUCUAGAAGAAACAGCUAAAGAAGUUACAAAGUAUAGUGGAAAUAAAAAACAAGCAGUGACGGUAAAUAUAGCUAAAUGUCAGAACAUCAUCAUACACCUUACUGGACUUCUUAGCACAAAGGGCAAAACACUAAAGAAGACUAGAUGUGUUGAAUUGGUGGAUUUAUUAAAGGCAACAGGCAUAAGGGAGAGAUUUCACUGGCUUGACCACCUACCGGACAUAAAGUGCGACGCAGAAAUCAGCAGACUCAUAGCAAAAGAAAUGAGCCUCACAGGCUGGAUAGAAAUAACUGAGAGCUGUACACAUGCUUAUUCCAUCGUUUUGGACCAUGCUCAGCCAUCAGCUGUGGUCCUUGAUAUUGAAGGGGAAACCGAAGGAAUCCGCUGUCUGGAGGACCUUUUGUUGCAAAUGGAAAAUAAGGCCUGGGAUGUUUACUUGAUUCUGAAAAACAGCUUUCGGGAUCCCAGAGAAUGUGACAGUACCUUUGACAAAAGUCUUCAGCGUUUUAUUCAAAGAUCGUGCGCCCGCGUCAGGUGGUUCCGCGGGCACCUGAGUGGCACGUCGGCGGCCGCGCUGUCGCCCUGCGUGGAGAGGCUGGAUCUGAUCGUGCGAGACAGCGACCACUACGGCGCGCUGUUGCCUUGGCUGUCCGAGCUCGCCACGCGGCUGCCUCGGCUGCAGAUCCUCUGGCUGCACGUGGCGGCAGAGGUAGACGAGUGGCUGCUGCAGCCGCUGCCGGAGGAGCUGCCACACGUGGUCCUGACGCUUGACGGCGUGUCUGAGGCCACGGUCGGGUGGGCGUGUCGGAUCGCACGCGCGCUCCGGCCCCGCAGAGGGUACUUGGACCUGGUGUUCCCCGGCCUCUUGCAACGCACAGACGCCUUCGUCCACCUCCUGGAAGCCCUUGGCCGCGAGGGCGUGAGGGUGGAGAACGCCGUGCUCGCCUCUCCCGCCGCCGCCCACGAGGACAAGCAGCGGCUCCACGACCUCGUUCGCCGGGAGUUAGGAUGCGAAUUUUCUGCAUGUAGCGACGACUACCUCUGGACGCUCUUCAGACUGUUCAGGGUGUUGCGAGAGUCUGCGCCCCUGUCUUAUUCUCGUGGUCUAACUACAGAAGAAUUUGUCUGAAACGAUGUCGGCGUCUUCAGAUACAAAAAAUAAAAAUAACCCAAGAUG